AUGUGUCGAUUUGACAAGUGGCAUUUAGUAAUUCUUCUUCUUCUUGUACUUGUAUUUUCAGUCCACUGCUUUCAACCAAGCUAUAAUCUCUCCAAAGUAGCAGGUGGAGGAUCAAUAAUUGGUGAUGGCCUUGUCAGUAGUCAAGUAUUACUGUCAUCACCUUCAGGGAUAAUUGUUUCAAACUCUGAAAUAAUAUUCUGUGAUACUAACAAUCACAGAAUACGUAAAAUAGACACCAAUGGUGUUGUUUCGACAAUUGCAGGUACCGGCAAUGCAGGAUAUUCAGGAGAUGGAGCUAAUGCAUUAUUUGCACAGCUAAACUCACCACAAGGAAUUGGAUUACUUUCGGGUGGUGCAAUUAUUGUUUCAGAUACAUUAAAUCACCGUAUUCGAAAGAUUGAAAAUGGGAUCAUUUCAACAAUUGCAGGAACUGGAUCACCAGGUUAUACAGCCAGUGGAACUGCCACCAGUGCACUUAUCAACACACCACUUGGAUUGGCAGUUUACAAUAAUGAAGUUUACUUUGCCGAUAGUCUAAAUCAUGUUAUUCGAAAGAUCUCCUCAAGUGGUUCCAUCAGCAAUGAACAAGGAGUUGGCGCCACUUCUGGAUCUCAAACUUUACCAUUACAGAUGAACACACCAACCGGAGUUGUAUUUCAAUCGGGAACAAUGUACAUGGCAGAUUCAAAGAAUUUGAGAGUUUGUUAUCCUGGAUUUUUGGGAAUUAUUAAUUGCAUUUCAACAAGUAGUGAACCGAUUGGUUUGGGAGUUUAUAGUGGAGUUGUGUAUGCUGCCUUAUUAGGGAAUGUCAUUGUGUCCUUGCAGAGUGGAACUCCAAUUGUGGCAGGAACUGGAACGAGUGGAUUUUCAGGAGAUGGAGGAGUGGCAACAUCAGCUCUAUUGAAUGGGCCUUCUGCAUUGACUUUUGAUUCGAGUGGAAAUAUGCUCAUUUCAGAUUCUUCCAAUAAUAGAAUUAGAAAAGUUACAAAUGGAAUCAUUUCAACAUUGGCUGGAACCAGUAAUAGAAACUUUGGAAAUGGAGCGGUGGGAACAUUGGUUUCAUUAUCUUCACCAAAUAGUGUUUAUUAUGCUGGAAAUGAUGAUUCAACAGGUGGUAUUUUGAUUGCUGACAUGAAUAAUCAUGUUUUGAGAAGAUUGAAAGAUGGAAGAAUUUAUAAUGUGAUUGGAAAUGUUGGUAUCUCAGGAAGCAAUAGUGGAAAUGGAGUGACUGUCAAUGCUGCAACUUUAAAUUCACCUCCAUUUGUAAUGAAGAGAUUUGGUGAUUUGAUUUACUUUUUGGACAGUGGUGGGUGUGCAUUGAGGAGAAUUGAAUCGAGUGGUGUUUUAAAAUUGGUGGUUGGAAGUUGUAAUUCUGGAAAUCAAGAUUAUUUCCUUUCCAAAUCUUUUGACAUUUCAAGUGAUGGAAUUAUUUAUAUUGCCGAUUAUUACAAUCAUAGAAUUGCCAAGUUUGUGAUUGGUGGCACGAGUUUGACCACACUUGCUGGAGGUUCUCUGAAAGGAUUUGCAGAUGGAGUUGGAUCGAAUGCCAAUUUAAACUAUCCUGACAGUAUUUCCAUUGGCUUAAAUAACAUGCUCUACUUUUCAGAUCGUGACAAUCAUGCCAUCAGAUCUGUUUCAACAAUUAAUGCUUUGGUAACAACUAUUUCAGGAAGUGGAAUUGCAGGUUAUACGGGAGAUGAAGGUCCAGCUAUUUAUGCGAAGCUCAAUUUACCUGGAUCGAUUGAAGUGGCUCUAAAUGGUGAUAUCAUUUUCAUGGACAAGGGAAAUCAAAGAAUUAGAAAGAUUACAAAAUAUGGAAAUAUUUUUACUUUAUAUGGAAAUGGUUCGACUAGUGUUUUUAAUAAUGCGAAUGGGUUGACACUUGGUGGAAGUGGUGAAAUUUACAUUGCAGACAGUGGUAAUAACCUUAUCAAAAUGUUAUCUUCUGCAAAAUGCACAAAUGGAACUUUUUACAAUUCUUCAUCAUUCGAAUGUCAAUGUCCAUCUGGUUACUAUGGAGAAACCUGUUUAGAAUAUGAUUGUGCAGGAGUGAACAGCAAUUCAUCUCUGGUUUGCUCUGGAAGAGGUACAUGUUUCAAGCCAAACACAUGCAACUGCUCUGCACCUUACUUUGGUGGAUAUUGUGAGCAGUACUAUUGUAAUGGAGUGAAUGUUUUAAAUUCGAGUGUUUGUUCCUCGAAUGGUCAAUGUACAGCUCCAGAUAAUUGCACUUGUUCAUUUGGAACUUUUGGUUUGAAUUGUGAAAAUGCGUAUUGUCAAGGAAUUGUUUCAUGGAACGAAACUGUUUGCAAUUCGAGAGGUAAAUGCAUUGGCUAUAAUAAGUGCACAUGUAAUGAUGGUUUUUAUGGCAAUAAUUGUGAAUUUUAUAAUUGUUAUGGCAUUAAGAACACAGACAGCUCAGUGUGUUCUGGAAAUGGAAUUUGUUCCAAAAUUGACAAUUGCACUUGUUUGGAUGGAUAUUACGGAAAUAAUUGUUCUGAUUUCAAUUGUGUUGGAGAGCUAUUCACUUCUGGAAAGAAUUUGUGCCAAAAUAAUGGAUCAUGCACUGGACCAGGUGAUUGUACAUGUUUACCUGAAUGGGGUGGAAGUAUUUGUCAAUAUUUCAAGUGUUUCAACAAGACACAUGUUGAUCCAAAGGUUUGCUCUGCACAUGGUCAAUUUUGUUCCUCACAUGGUCAAUGUUUAAAUCCAGAUCAGUGCACUUGCAACAAUGGAUAUAGUGGAAGUGAGUGUGAAUAUAGAGUGUGCUAUGGUUUGAAUCAUACAGAUGCAAAUGUUUGUUCUUCACAUGGUCAAUGUACAGCACCAAAUACUUGUAAAUGUGAAAAUGGUUUCGUUGGAGAUAAUUGUGAAUAUCAUCAAGUUUAUUUGGAUAUUGCAAAUGCAUUGAUUUAUUCAAAUUAUGAUUCUCUUCUCAAUAUUUCAAGAAAUGCCAGUGUUAAUGAUCAACAAGUAUUGAAUAGUGAAUGUUCAGAUUUAUUGGAAAGUUCAGAAUUGGCCAAAUUGGGUGAAAGUGAUUUGAUUUCAUGUUAUUGGACCAAUAAUUAUUUUAAAAUCAAAUUGGGAUAUAAUCACAUGAUUCAACAUUUAUCAACAUUGAAAUUGAAUUAUUUCAAUAUUUCACUGCAAGUCAAUUCAAAUUCAUCAUUAACUUUACUCAACCAGAGAACAUUCGCUUCUUCAAUGGAUGUUUUAUUGUUAUCCAUUCCAUCCACACAAGAUUUCAUUAUCAAAUCUAACAGUGAUGAUUAUUAUCAUACAUUCAAGAAAAUAUCAAAGAGUUGGACAUGUGAAAAUUGUCCUCAAUCACUUGUCAAUUAUUUAACAAAUUAUGAGAAUAAGAGUAUGAUUUUAAUACCAAGUACAUUAUUGAAUAGUAUUCCAUUGGAUUCUUCCUAUUCAAAAAUUCUAUCACUCAAGUAUUCGUCAAUGAAUUCCAUUCAAAAAUUAUUGACAUCAAGUGACAAGACAAGAAUUGAAUCGAGUAAGAAUUUACCACCCUAUUUCACAUGGCAUGGUGAGAAUGUGAAGGAUGCACAAUUUAAAUGUGUUGGUCAUAAUUGUAUUGUGGAAAGUUCAUUGAAUUCAAUGAAUAGUUCAAUUUCAUUCACAUUCUCUGGAUUUUUCAGUUUAUUGAAUUCACAAUUUUCACAAAAACAAAUGUUCAGAUUGGUGAAUGUUUAUAAUAAUGAAUUGGUUGAUAGUGAAUAUUCAUCCAAUGCACAAAUUGUUGGAUUUCAAUUGAAAACUUAUGUUUCCACUUCACUUUCUUAUUAUUUCUCCUACACAACAUUUGAUAGAUUGGAUCAUGUUUUAACCAAUGUUAAUAGAACUCUAUCUCUUUCUGAUGAUUCUACAUUUGCAAUUUCAAUUUUCAAUCCAGAUCCAUUCAUUUCAACCUUCACCUUAUCAGAUUAUUUCACAUACAAUUAUGAAUUUUAUCAAGUCAACUCAAUUUCUAAUAGCAAUUUAAAGUUAAUAACAAGUAGUAAUCAAAAAUCAUUGAAUAUAGAUGCUACCCAAUUGAAUUUAUCAGAGGGAACAUAUCUAGUCAACUUGACACUCACAGUUUCCAAAUCUUAUGUCACAAUUCCAUAUUAUUUUUUCGGAUAUAUUCAAUUGCAUUCUCAAUCAAAUGUUCCAAAAUUAACAAUUGAUCAAUUACCUGCUAUUUAUGCUUCUAAUAAGGAUUUACAAUUGAAAGUCUUGAUUCAAUCAUCAAGUUCUAUUUUAAACUAUAAAUGGAAAUUAAAAGAUGGUAUUGUAAAGGAAAGAGAAUUAAUUGAACAAUUAUUACAAAAUUCACAAUUGACUCAACUCACAUCUAACGUGUAUAAGAGUGAAAUUACAAUUAAUAGUCAAUAUUUAUUGGAAGGUGAAUUUAUUUCAUUUGAUUUUUCAGUUUCGAAUAUGAAUGGCAUUUCAAAUGUUUCACUUUCAACAAGAAUUGACGAAUCUCCAAGAUUUUCAUGUGAAUAUUUCAACCUAAAGAAUGAAUUUACAAAUUAUGCAUUUGAAAGUUUACUUUCCAUUUCAUGUUUCAAUUUACCUGAAGAACCAAUUUCAAGUUUCAAUAUUGAAUUUCAUUCACAGAAAAAUGGAAAGAGAAUGAAUGUCAUUUCGAAUACUUUGAAAAAGAAUGUCAUUACAAGAAUACCUUUCUAUUCAUUUGAUGAACAGCAGGUGAAUCUUGUUGUGAAAUUAGUGAAUAGAUAUGGUUCAGUUUCACAAAUUUCAAGAAAUAUUUCAGUUUUACCUCCAUUGACCAUUUACAAUUCAGGAAAUUCAAUUGCAUCAAGAUUUAAUUAUCUGAAACAAUCUUAUUAUAAUUUGAAAUUGAAUGAACCAUUGAGAAUUGAUACUGCUCAUUCAAUUUAUUCCUUAAUGAGUAUUCUCAUUCAAAACGAAACCAUUUCGAAUAUUACAAGACAAUUAGUCAAUGAAAUAUCAAGCAAUGAAUUGUCAACAUUUAAUUCUCUAUUGAAAGAUAUGAUUAUUCAAUUGAAGAGCAUUCAAUCAUUGAGUUACAAAGUUGAUGAAAAGUUUAUUCAACUUUCACUUCCAAUCAUUUCACAAAUUUAUUCGAUUUUGGAUAAUUUAUCAUUGGAUGACAGUUGGGUUUCAGAUAUUUCUACAUGGCUUGAUUGGAUUUAUUCUGGAAUGUCAAGUGCAAAACAAUAUUAUUCUGAAACAUUGUUAGCAACUAUACUUUCGAAUGAACAUUAUGAAGAAUUGAAAUUAAUUCAAAAUAUACUUUCUAAUAGAUAUUCGAAUCGAUUGGACAAACAAGAAUUGAUUUCAAAAUAUAGAGCUCAAUAUUUAAUGUUGACCGGUUUAUCAGAUGAUUCAUCCUAUCAAGUUUAUCCAGUUGAAGUUGCUUCUCAAUUGAAUGGCAAGUCAAUCAUGACAACUAUCAAUCAAGAAAUUCAAAUCCAAGCCACACUUCCAUCAGAUUUAACCAGUCAAUUGUCAAGUAUUUCAGAUAAUUCACAAUUAUUCUUUUCAUCUUCUCUAAUUAGCAAUGACAAGACAUUGAAUAAUAUUUUAUCAAAUAUACCUGUUUUGGACUUGUCAAUUUAUUCAUCAGAUGGAUCAUUGACAAGUGUGAAUAAUUUAUUGAAUCCAAUUCAAGUGAAAUUUAAUAAUCUCUUUACAGAUUACAAAGUUAACACUAAUUUAUCAUGUGUUUAUUUUGAUUCUUCAUUGAAUACAUGGUCAACCAAUGGAAUUUCAUUCAAAUCAACAAUUACAAAACAAGAAAAUGGAAAAUUAUACUUUGAUAUGGAAUGUAACACAACUCACUUGUCAUUAUUCUCAGUUCAAGAAUUGGAUUUUGUUUAUCCAGCAAACUCCACUUCAACUGACUCUAAUUUGGGAUUAAUUCUUGGAUUGGCACUUGGCAUUUCAAUUCCAGUAAUUUUAUUGAUCAUUCUUGCAUUUAUUAUCAUUGUAAUUGUGUUAUCAGUAUUUGUUUGGAGAUUGAAAAAGAAGAGUAAGGCACAAAUGGCUAAAUUUGAUAUUGAAAUGACAGGAACAGACUUCCCGUCAGAUGCCAGCAUGUUCUUGACACCUCUUGUCAGCGUUUCAGGAAGCUCAAGUAAUAAUGAAAGUUUUAAUCCACUUUCAAGAUAUUUAGAUUUGGUCAGAAUAGGACAAGGUGCAUUUGGAUCAGUUUUCAGGGCAAUGGACUCAAAAACCAAUACAAUGAAAGCAAUUAAGGUGAUGAGAUAUCAAUCCAAUGAAGAAUUGAAUGGAUUUAUGAAGGAAGGAACUCAAUUAAUGAAUGUGAGCCAUCCAAAUAUUUUGAAAGUGAAUGAUUUCUUCAUUAGUCAAGAUAAUUUAUUGUGUAUUGAUAUGGAUUUUUAUGAGAAGGGAGAUUUGGUUCAAUUGACUUAUGAUUCUUUCAUUUGUUCUGAAAAGAUCUUGUUGCAAAUUAUUUAUCAAAUGUUGAAUGCAUUGAAUUUUAUUCACACAUCAAUGAAACUCAUUCACAGAGAUAUCAAACCAUCAAAUAUUUUCAUCAAAUCAAUUGACAAUGAUCAUAUUGAAAUUGUAAUUGCAGAUUUUGGAUUGGCAAGAGCUGAUCAAGGUUCUGCUCACAAAUCAUAUGCUGGAACUCCUCUCUUUAUGUCACCUGAACUUGGAUAUGGUGGAAAAUACUAUUUCAAUACAGAUAUUUAUAGUUUAGGAGUAACACUUUAUCAAAUCAUGACCAAAGACACUCAAACUUCAAUCAGUCAAUUAUUAAUUACCAAAGAUAAAAUUGAAGUGAAUGCAAUUCUCAAACAAAAAUUUGAAGAAUGCAAAAUUUACUCAUCCAACCUCAUUGAUUUGGUCAUUUCAAUGUUAGAAAAGGAUUUAACAAUCAGACCACAAGCAAAAACUCUCCUCAAUAAUCCACUCUUCAAAUCAUUCCAAUAA